CGUUAAACACGGUCAUUGACGACAAUGUGCUUCUGAGAUCGUCUUUUCUCCGACGCUCUUGAACCCCUCACCAGUCUUCCUCUGCUUGUCGGGACCCUGCGAGUCCAGUUCCAGGAAAUAACAAGAAGGAGAGGAGAAACUCUGAGCUGAUACAGGUUACCAAGAAAACACUGAAAGUGAAAGUGUUCUGUCAGUCAGAGUUUAGCCUUCAUUUUGAGUCGACAGAGCAGAAGGACAAACAUGUCUGAGAAUCAGAAGACGAGUUAUCGAGGGGGCAAAGAGGAGGACAGAGCUGAGUCUCCUCUGUCCAGCUGUCUCUCUAUGAAGAGUGACCUGUCUAAAGAUGCUCCUCCAGACUUCAGUAAUGAACCAGGACCCUCAGAUCAGAAGACGAGUUAUCGAGGGGGCAAAGAGGAGGACAGAGCAGAGUCUCCUCUGUCCAGCUGUCUCUCUAUGAAGAGUGACCUGUCUAAAGAUGCUCCUCCAGACUUCAGUAAUGAACCAGGACCCUCAGAUCAGAAGACGAGUUAUCAAGGAGACGAAGGGUCUGUUUCUGUGGAGGAGCAGCUGUCCAGCUGUGCUUUGUGUCAGGACGUCCUGAGUGAUCCAGUUUCUACCAGCUGUGGACACUGGUUCUGUAGACAGUGCCUCACCUCAUACUGGGACCAGUCUACUUCAUCAGGAGAGACCUCCUGUCCCCACUGUGGAGAACGAUCUAAACUAAGACGAGGACUGCAGAUAUCCAGUCUGCAGGAGGUUACACAUGAACAUAAGAUCAUUCUGAGGAGGAGAUGUGAACAUGUGACUGAAGGAAGUGAUGAAACAAAAAGUAGAACCCUCCUCAACAGGAUCUACACUGAGCUCUACAUCACAGAGGGACAGAGUGAAGAGGUGAACACCCAACAUGAGGUGAGACAGCUUGAGACAGCUUCCAAGAUGAAGGCCCUCCAUGAGACGCCAAUCAAGUGCCAGGACAUCUUCAAAGCCUUACCCAACCAACAGAAACACGAGACAGAAGCUCAACCCGACCAACAGAAACCCAUCAGAGUGGUUCUGACAAACGGGGUCGCUGGUGUUGGAAAAACCGUCUCAGUGCAGAAGUUCACUCUGGACUGGGCAGAGGGCUCAGAGAACCAAGAUGUCAGUCUGGUGAUCCUGCUUUCAUUCAGGGAGCUGAACUUGAUCAGAGAUGAGAGGUACAGUCUUCUUAAGUUGCUCCGUGUUUUCCAUCCAACAUUACAGAAGGUCACAGCAGAGACGCUCGCUGUCUGUAAACUGUUGUUCAUCUUUGACGGCCUGGAUGAAAGCAGACCGUCGUUGGACUUCAAAAACAGUGAGGUUGUGUCUGAUAUCACAAAGAAAUCACCGUUAAACACACUGUUGACAAACCUCAUCAAGGGGAAUCUGCUUCCCUCAGCUCUUAUCUGGAUAACUUCUCGACCUGCAGCAGCCAAUCAGAUCCCUCCUUCAUGUGUUGACAGGGUAACUGAAGUACGAGGCUUCAAUGACGCCCAGAAGGAGGAGUACUUCAGGAGGAGGUUCAGUGAUGAUGAAGAUCUGUCCAGCAGAAUCAUCUCACACAUCAAGACAUCCAGGAGCCUCCACAUCAUGUGUCUGAUCCCAGUCUUCUGCUGGAUCACUGCCACAGUUCUGGAGCACAUGAUGAGCAGAGAGCAGAGACGAGAGCUGCCCAAGACCCUGACUGACAUGUACUCACACUUCCUGCUGGUUCAGACAAAGAGGAAGAAACACAAGUAUGAUGAGGGACCUGAGACAAGUCCACAUGAGCUGAUGGAGGCUGAUGGGGAAGUUCUUCUGAAGCUGGGGAGGCUGGCGUUUGAACAUCUGGAGGAUGGAAACAUCAUGUUCUACAAAGAAGACCUGGAGCAUUGUGGUCUUGAUGUCACAGAGGCCUUGGUUUACACAGGAGUUUGUACAGAGAUCUUCAAAAGAGAGAGUGUGAUCCUCCAGAAAACGGUCUACUGCUUUGUUCAUCUGAGCGUUCAGGAGUUCCUGGCUGCAGUCUACAUGUUCCAUUGUUUGACAAACAGGAAAAGAGAGGCUUUCCUUAAAGACAACAACAUCAUUUUUCAAACUCCUGAAAGCGAUGAGUUAACCCUGGAUGACUUCCUGAUGACUGCCAUGGACAAAUCCCUGAAAAGUAAAAAUGGUCACCUGGACCUGUUUGUUCGCUUCCUUCAUGGCCUCUCUCUGGAGACCAACCAGAGACUCUUAGGAGGCCUGCUGGGUCAGAGAGACAACAGUCCAGAAAAGAUCCAGAGAGUAAUCAAGAACCUGAAGAAGAUGAACAGUAAAGGUAUCUCUCCUGACAGAAGCAUCAACAUCUUCCACUGUCUGAUGGAGAUCAACGACCUCUCAGUACAUCAGGAGAUCCAAGAGUUCCUGAAGUCAGAGAACAGAUCAGAGGAGAAACUCUCUGAGAUCCAUUGCUCUGCUCUGGCCUACAUGCUGCAAAUGUCAGAGGGGGUUCUGGAUGAGCUAAACCUGAAGAAGUACAACACAUCAGACCAGGGACGACUGAGACUGAUUCCAGCUGUGAGGAACAGCAGAAAGGCAAAGUUUAAUAACUGUGGACUGUCACAGACUCACUGUGAAGUCGUGGCCUCAGCUCUGAAGUCCAACCCCUCCCAUCUGAGAGAGCUGGACCUGACCUCCAACAAGCUGCACGAUUCAGCAGUGAAGCUGCUCUGUGCUGGACUGCAGAGUCCAAACUGUAGAUUGGAGAGUCUGAGAUUGUGGAGCUGCGGUUUGUCAGAGAUCAGCUGUUCUUCUCUGGCCUCAGCUCUGAUGUCCAACCCCUCCCACCUGAGAGAGCUGUACCUGAAUAACAACAAGCUGCAGGUUUCAGGAGUGAAGCUGCUGAGUGAUUUUCUGCAGAGUCCAAACUGUAGACUGGAGACUCUGAGUUUGAUGAACUGUGGUUUGUCAGAGAUCAGCUGUUCUUCUCUGGUCUCAGCUCUGAAGUCCAACCCCUCCCAUCUGAAAGAGCUGGACCUGAGUAAGAACAGGCUGCAGGAUUCAGGAUUGAAGGUGCUGUGUGAGGGACUGCAGAGUCCAAACUGUAGACUGGAGACUCUGAGGUCAGUUCACCAAUCAUCUUUAACUAUUGUUGAACUUCUUUGAUGUGUUUUGAGAAUUUGUUCUGCUGAUGGAAAUAAACUUCUUCUACUAUUUAUUUAAAUCUUUCUUUGGUUCCUAAUCACAAGUAAAAACUGAUCAUCGUUUGGAUUCUCCAGAACUCAAACACUCUAAUGUCUAAGAAGACAUUUCUUGGAGUCUUACCUUUCCCUAAACUUAUCUACUGACCCUGAUCUGCUUUGUCCUCAGCUGUACAAUCAUCACCAAUGAACAUGUUUGUAGUCUGAAACACGUCCCUGAAAGUCAGAACAUUCAGACCCACAGUUCAUGUCUGUAGAAGUGUAUAAUGAUCCACUGUGACUCAGAGACUUUAUUAAUUUGAAGGACGAGCUUAUUGAUGAGUACUUUGUAAUGUUGACCACACAUUGAAAACCUGAACACAUCUGAGUGGAUUAUAAAC